GCAGCGGCCGAUCACUGCUCAGACUAGCGGAGCUGCUGGGACCUCCACAGAACAUCUUCCGAGCGCUGCCCAAGGCUGACCGAGGUGAGGUACCAAGACAGGAACUCCCAUUGGGGCACAAGCUUGCAUCUUGCCUCCUGAUCUGAUCCUCCUGGAGAAGUCACCCCCCGAGACACCGGGCACCAUACCGCCUCUUUCUGUAUGACUCCAUCCGGACUUGGCUGGCAGUGGGGACAAGCUCUGAGGGGCUGCCUGGGUCUCGGGUCAGUGGCAGCAGCUAGCCCUCCAGCCACCAUGGCGAACGCCAGGAACUGAGCCUCUCUGCAGCCUAAUUGGAGGCACUCGGGACGCCAUGGAGAACAAAGCCAUGUACCUGCACACCGUGAGCGACCGUGACUCUGGCUCCAUCUUCGAGGAACCCUUCGAUGGCAGGAGCCUGUCCAAGCUGAACCUGUGUGAGGAGGGUCCUUGCCACAAACGACGGGCGGGUGGCUGCUGCACCCAGCUGGGCUCCCUGUCGGCCUUGAAGCACGCCGUCCUCGGGCUCUACCUGCUGGUCUUCCUGGUCCUCGUGGGCAUCUUCAUCUUAGCAGUGUCCAGGCCCCGGAGCUCCCCGGAUGACCUGAAGGCGCUGACUCGCAACGUGAACCGGCUGAACGAGAGCUUCCGGGACUUGCAGCUGCGGCUGCUGCAGGCUCCGUUGCAGGCGGAGCUGACGGAGCAGGUGUGGAAGGCGCAGGACGCGCUGCAGAACCAGUCGGACUCGCUGCUGGCGCUGGCGGGCGCGGUGCAGCGGCUGGAGGGCGCGCUGUGGGGGCUGCAGGCGCAGGCGGCGCAGAGCGAGCAGGCGGUGGCCCUGCUGCGCGACCGCACGGGCCAGCAGAGCGACGCGGCGCAGCUGGAGCUCUACCAGCUGCAGGUGGAGAGCAACCGCAGCCAGCUGCUGCUGCGGCGCCACGCCGGCCUCCUGGACGGGCUGGCGCGCCGGGUGGGCGCCCUGGGCGAGGAGCUGGCCGACGUGGGCGGCGAGCUGCGCGGCCUCAACCACAGCCUGUCCUACGACGUGGCCCUGCACGGCACGCGGCUGCGGGACCUGCAGGUGCUGGUGAGCAACGCCAGCGAGGACGCGCGCCGCAUGCGCCUCGUGCACCGGGGCCUGGAGGUGCAGCUCAAGCAGGAGCUGGCCGUGCUCAACGGCGUCACCGAGGACCUGCGCCUCAAGGACUGGGAGCACUCCAUCGCGCUGCGGAACAUCUCCUUGGCCAGAGGACCACCCGGCCCCAAAGGUGAUCAGGGGGAUGAAGGGAAGGAAGGCGAGCCUGGAAUCCCUGGAUUACCUGGACUUCGAGGUCUGCCAGGGGAGAGAGGGACCCCAGGACUGCCUGGCCCCAAGGGCGAUGACGGGAAGCUGGGAGCCACGGGACCCAUGGGCCUGCGCGGGUUCAAAGGUGACCGAGGCCCAAAAGGAGAGAAAGGAGAGAAAGGAGACAGAGCUGGGGAUGCCAGUGGCCUGGAAGCCGUGAUGGUCCGGCUGGUGAACGGCUCGGGCCCGCACCAGGGCCGCGUGGAGGUGUACCACGACCGGCGCUGGGGCACCGUGUGCGAUGACGGCUGGGACAAGAAGGACGGGGACGUGGUGUGUCGCAUGCUGGGCUUCCCCAGCGCCGAGGACGUGCACCGGACAGCGCAGUUCGGACAAGGCACAGGGAGGAUUUGGAUGGAUGAUGUCGCCUGCAAGGGCACAGAGGAAACCAUCUUCCGCUGCAGCUUCUCCAAGUGGGGGGUGACGAACUGCGGACAUGCUGAGGAUGCCGGAGUGACGUGCAAGAGACACUGAAACUGGGCACAGCCCGAGGUCCGGGCCCUGCUGCCGAGCCUCCUUCCUGCGUUCCUGGCGUGGGGGCAUCGCUCAGGGCUACCCGGACCCUGCCUCUGCCCUCCCCGUCCAGCACCCCCUUCCCCCCGUUCCCAUCCCAGGACCGUGGUAGCCUGCAUCCUUCUCCUCUUAGGCAUCUGCUCCAAAGUACAACUCUGGAAUCUACUGCCCGUCUCCUUCCUGCUCCAGGGGUUCCUGGUCAACCGGAUUGCCAUUUUGCCUAGUCUUCUAAACACCGUGCAUCAAGCCUCAGUGUCUGUGUUCCCUGUGGUCCAUAAGUUAGACGAACGCUGAGAGUGGGUUGGAGGCAAAUGCAGCCGUGAAGAUGGGAGGGAGGCAUCACAGAUCCUUGACUCUUCAGAUCAUUCCCCAACCUCAGGCUGAGAGUUUUGACCUCUUCUUUCCCAGCAAGAGACAAUGCUGAAUGAUUCACAUUUCCCUCUUUAUUCUGCCUCUGCACAGCGUUUGUUAGCUUGGGGAAGGGACAUGGAGGAGAGGCCAGCUGUAGGAGGGAGAGGGAAAUGCGGGUCUCCUGCAGGAACCAGUCUUCCUGGAGACGGGGAGUGAAAUGAACCAUUGCUGAAUGACAACCAUGUGUGCGACAUAGUAUCUUGGGUGCUAAAUUCACUGAUCACGCCGCAGCAUUCCUACAAGUCACCCAAGUGUUAGCCUGGGUACGACUUCACCUCCAGGUAGCACUCAACUGACCCAUUCACCUGGCCUGCCAGUCAGAGUGAGAGUGACUCAGACCCUUGUUUCCACCUGAACUUCCGUGUGUCUGCUAGGUUUGAGCCAGGAGCCUGGGUGUAGGACAUGGGUGACUAGACGGUUACAUACUCCAAACCCUACGGUGUGUGAGUGCAAGGUCGGACGUGACUGGCUUCCAAGGAGGCCAUCCGCAGAGGAGGAGAGCUGACGUGGAGGGUGACAUGGGGGCUGUCUUGGUUAAACUGAGACCAGCCCUCAGUCAUCCGGCAGCCAGGGUUAAAGCACGUGGCCUGUCUCAGAGCUGUCUGGAGGUAAUGGUACUGACUGAACCUCCUGGGCCUCUUUGGGUGCGAGCCUGUGAUCAGGAGAACACGUGUCCUUCUGGGUCCCGUACGAGUGGAAGGAAAUGAGGGUUCCUUAUAACGUCUGGGGGAAGAAGGGGCUCUGGGCCUCUGCACAUCUUCAAUCUGCACCCCCUUCCUAGUGAUGGGGAGCUCAUACCCUGCUUUUGACGUGAGAAGGAGGUCAAACUGGGCCAUACAUGUAUUCUAGGACUGGGGAGCGACAUGGUAGCGAGUAAGCGCAGACCCACAUCCCUUGGGGGAGACACAAACUCACAGUCAGGCCUCAGAUACGCAAUCACCGGUCCUAUCUGGUGAGCAUCAGCUUGCGUGGGGCCCUCUGGGUGUAACACCUGCGCCGAUACAUGUUACCGGUUGUUCUUUGCUUACAAUAUGCUUGUUCUUCGUUAGUGUGCUAAUGACCGGAGACUCUCCUUCUGACCGAUGGCUAUGUUUACAUAACACGCAUGUACUCAUGCAUCUUUUCCAGGGCCCAUGUAUGUAUGCAUAUAUAAACAUAGCACACUUUACUUUAUAGCGCAGCACAUUUGCCAAGUUUGCAUUAAACGAAGAAAAUGCUAAAGGUGAAAAGAUGUCACAUGGAGCGACAUGAAUUCCCAUCUAUUCUGGCCAAGAAUCUAGUUCCUCCCAUCAACGAAGACCCACGUAACUUUUCUACUUGGUCUCUCCAUUUGAGAAAACACAAGUCUUGUUUUCCAGCAAAUAAACACAGUGGUGAUAAGUGAACCUUAAAAGUCUACUGGUUUACAUACCUACUUAAGAGGACAUGGAAAUCGCCAUGGACCUGUAUUUCAGGGACUAAAGGAUAUUAGGCCAGGCCUAAAAUACAUUAGACCUUUUGUAAGAAAGAUUUUCAAUAAAGCAAAAAAACAAAAACAAAAAC